CGCUCCACCGCCAUGCAUAUCGCACGCUCGCUCGCGCUCUCGCUCGUCUUCCUCGCCGCGCUCUGCGCACUCGCCGCGCCCGCGCGUCUGCCGCGCCAGCUGCCCGCCGACGACGACUUGCAGCCCCUCGACGAUGCGACGAGCGACGACCAGACACGCGAGAAAAGAAAACUUGAGGGAGUCACGGAGGCCAAGUUCGGCAUCAAGAACGCCGUGCUCGGCUUCGUGUUCGGAAAAAUCAACUCUUUGAUCGACUCGAAAACGCGUCUGGUGGAGACUCUCGACAAGAAGAACAUCGAACUGAACAAGCAGUACGGAAUCGAGGCUCCGAAGGACGGCGGACUCGCCUCUCUCAGCGGAAUCGUGGGCCAGGUCAUCGGGCCUAAGCUGCAGUUGCUGGGCCCUAAGAUCCAGGCCGUGUCGGGCCUACUGGGCGGCGCGUCGGGCGGAAGCGGUGGCUCAGGUGGGGGCUCCGGGCUGGGCUCCAUCCUCUCGCUGGUCACCUCCUUGUCGGGCUCCUCGUCCGGCGGCGCCGCGGUCGGCGGCACCGUCGAGACCAUUGACUCUUCCGAGGAGAGCGACUCUUGAUCGCUCUCCUCUCCCCCUGUGACUCCGCUCCGUCGGUCCGUGGCGCGCUAAUUAUCAGUCUUGCCAGACACCAGACGCCGCGGUAUGUAUGUUCGCCGUUAGACGCUCGCCAGGCGCCGACGGAGCAGCGUCACAUGCGCAGUGUACAGUCCUAGUUGCGCCCGCGCUUCAGAUCCGCGCUCUCAGCGCACUGUAUUUAUAUGUAAAUAGUUUUAGGUGAGUUAUGGUGAUUUAUUAAAUAAUAAUAUAUGUUUUGUAAUA